AUUGAUGCAUUCUUUCUGAUCUGCUAUUCCGGCGAAUCCUGUUUUGAGCAUGGUAUCAUGAUCUACAACCCCAAACCUCCCAGAUACUUCAGCUUCGAGAGCGGGAAAGACGGGCUGGACUACACAAUCACCAGUCUCGGUCAUCCGAUCGGUCUGAAGACCGAAUACCCUGCGUCUUCCUUGAAGGUGUAUAAGAUCAAACUUCGAAAGGGCAGAGACCCUGCUAUGAAGAUUAAGGACUUCCAGAAACAAAGCCAGAAGAGUGAUGUAAAUCCCUUUCGGUAG